AUGGCGAGACAAUUCGCAGCCAGGGAGCAAGCGGAACCCGCGUUUGCGUGGAAGCGCGAGCGAGCCCGGCUCGAGGAAGAGAACCGCGUUCUCGAGGCGCGGAUCGCGAAACUUGGCGAUAGCGGGGAAAGGGCCCAGGAGACGGCGCCUGAGGAGUCCCCGCGCUCUGAAUUCACCAUGGGUGUCAUGUUGCGGAGUCUCAACAUCGACCUGAGCGUCAUUGGGUAUGAUGCGGUGCAUGAAGCGUGGAGAUGA